AUGGUUAUUAUCCCUUCAGCAGUACGUGUUUUGUUGUAUGUUUUUAUUGGCUCAUUAUCUGUUCUGACACUUUGUGGAAACCUUCUCAUAAUCAUCUCCAUCAUUUACUUCAAACAGCUCCACACUCCAACUAACUACCUGAUUCUCUCUCUGGCUAUGUCCGACCUCCUUAUGGGGGCUUUAGUGUUGCCGUCUGUAGACUCUUGUUCAUAUCUUGGAGAUUUAAUUUACCGAUAUUUUGCAGUGUGUCAUCCUCUGAGGUAUAAAAGUAAAAUUAAUAUUUGCGCUGCUGUGAUCAUGAUCCUGGUCACCUGGGGGGUUUCUGCCCUAGUUGGAAUUGGUAUCAUAAUUACAGGACUUAAUGAAGGAAAAUGUCAAAAAAUGAAAAAUGAAAAACAGCGCCCUUCGCGCUGUUUUUCAUUUAAUAUUGAUAUUUCAGGCAUCACUGGAUGUGUUCUCUCAUUUUACCUCCCAGCAGUUAUAAUGCUCAGUAUCUACCUAAAGAUUUUCCUGGUGGCACAGAAACAGGCACGCAGCAUCCAGAACUCAACCUGUCAGAGCGUAAAGUCUGGAGCGUCUGUCAGUAAGAGGGAGAGAAAGGCCACCAAAACUCUGGCUAUUGUUAUGGGAGCUUUUCUGAUCUGUUGGACUCCUUUCUUUACUGGUAUGACCUUAAACCCUUUAAUUAAUUAUUCGAUUCCAAUAACUGUGAUUGAAAUAUUUGCUUUGCUUGGAUGGUCAAACUCAGUGCUCAAUCCAUUUGUUUAUGCCUUCUUUUACAGCUGGUUCCGAGUAGCUUUCAGAAUGAUCAUUUCUGGUAAAAUAUUUCAGGGGAAUUUUGCAAACUCAAAACUGCUUUGA